AUGCCCAACCGACUUGUUGAACAGGCCCAGGAGGUCGCGAAAGAGGACAUCGACAAAUACAAGGCCCUUCUGAACGAUGCUGCCAAAAGCCGGUCUUACUUGUAUCCCAUCAAGGGGAUUUUCUACUUCAUGUCCCAUCGCGAGCUGUGGAAGCCCCUGGCUUCGAAGCUGGUACCUUACCUCGGGCUCUAUGCUUCAGUCAUUGGACCCAUGUUCUUCUUCACAUAUCUCCCUCAGUUGGCCAUCAUGGUCUUCGUGAACGGGCCUCUCGCUGUGCUCACAACUAUCCUUCUUGUCCUCAACGAAAGCGCAGCCGUUGUCUCGAUCCUCUCGAAAAGCUUGCUGCUCCAGGACGCGCUUCUGGACACAUUCGACGGUACACUGAUCGCGAAAAAUAAGACAGAGAUCGUUGCAAGUGGCAGAGAGGUCAACUCUCGGGGAGACGCUAUUCAGAAACUGGGCAAGGCACUGAAGAAACCAUUCAGCAAAUUCAGCGUUAAGGAGCUGGUUCGAUACUUCAUGUACUUGCCUCUCAACUUUAUUCCGGUUGUUGGAACAGUGGCCUUCAUCAUUAUCCGCGGCCGGGCUCGUGGCAACUCUGUUCAUGAUCGGUACUUCCAACUCAAGGGAUGGUCUGCAUCCAGAAAGUCUGAGUGGCUCUCAAAGCAUAAGGGCCCCUACACUGGUUUCGGAACUGCUGCCACCCUUCUCGAGAUGGUUCCGGUGGCGUCCAUCGUCUUCUCGUUCACCAACACAGUUGGCGCUGCUCUCUGGGCCGCUGAUAUCGAGGGCAAGGAUACCGAGAUGACCAAGGCCACAGCCCCCGAACUCCGGGAGGCGGCCAAGAAAGUGGAGUGAGAUCUGGACUCGUGCAAAGGGCCGAGAUUACCUGAUCGACCAGGGCCCGGUCACACAGUCCCAACGGUGUUCCUUUCAGCAUGAUACAGAGAAACCCAUGUGAAGGUGAGGGCGGCAUUUAGGGGAGCAGCAUCGAUAGACGGUGGAGCACGACAUUUUGACAGCGCAGCAUGCCGUGCCACCCUUUCGACGCUCGGAAAUGGCGAAGGUUUAUCGGCGCUGGAAGUUCCAACAUUGUUUCAUAGUAUCCAAGCUUGCGUGGGAUUUCUUCUCACAGGGUUGAGGUGGUCAAGGAGCUCAAGGGCAUGGAUUUGAUGGUUCUUAAUUCGUCUUAGUUUGCAUUACGGAAGGCGUUCUCCGGCGUUUUGCCUGCAGGUUUUCAAAGAAGGAUGCUCUGUCUUUUAAUGGAACGUUGUUUUGCAC